UUUGAGUCGAUUCUUUUAAUUUCUCCUGUUUGUCAUCAUUCCUUAAGAAAAUCUUCAAAUAUUUUGUAAUACAAAACAAAAUCAAUUGAAUAAUUAUGGCAAAUCGUGAAAUAUUUGCAAAAGCCUUACCGAAUGUUAAAUUGGCGACUCGUUUCGAUGCCGAUGGCAAUGAAGUUCAAGUUGAACGUCGUGAAGAUGAAGAACAAAAUGCCAAGCAGCAAGAAAUAUUCGAAAUUCUAGUUAACGCUGGCUACUAUCGAGCUCGCAUCAAGGGCUUAUCACCAUUCGAUAAAAUUGUGGGCGGGAUGACUUGGUGCAUCGAAUGCUGUGACUACGAUGUCGAUGUGGAUCUUCUCUUCCAUGAGAAUCUCACCAUUGGUCAAAAAAUUGCUUUGGUGGAGAAAAUUGUCUCAGUUCUGCCUAAAAUGAAAUGCCCCUAUUUGAUUGAACCUCAUCAGAUCCAGGGUCUGGAAUUCAUAAGUAUUUUCCCAGUCAUUCAAUGGCUGGUGAAAAAAUCAGUGGAAAAUCGGGCCGAAAGAGCCGUGAAACUGAAGGCAUUUGCUGUGAGUCAGUUUCACAAUAACUUCCAAUACAACUCCGAUAAGGAGAAUCUCCAGAAAAUGCGCACCGCUUCCGCCAACAUCAAACGAAUUCAGGACAUGUAUAGCCCCCAUCGGCAAUAUAAACGCAAAGAAACCGGCAACGAAGAUGAGAAAACCCGGGUGCGGAUAACACUCCUCGAAUACGGCAACAAAGGAGCUUACCCAGCUUUAAUUUCGAACAAAAAUCCAUCACAAAAGUCAGAGGAUUCGCAAUCAGCUGGAGCUGAGCUCGACGAUAAUUUAGUCGAGCGUGAGAUCGAUGUUGACCAGCUGCUUAAAAAUCUAUACAUUGCCAACGAGGAUGAUGUGCCACAAACGACAAUUCUUGAUGAAAAGGACAAAGCAGCUUUACUGAAGCACUAUGCUGAUCUCAAGGAAGAAAUGGAAAUCGAUACAAAACUUCUCUCCGAACAGAGUCAAGUUAAAGCUUUGGAAAAUACCAAAGCUGUGUUGGAUAAGAAGCUGUUAAGGGUUAAACAGGACAAUCAGGAACUUAAUCAAGAAUUAGAAAAGCAGAAAGUGAAACUUCAAGAACAAGAAAAACUGGAGAAGGAUUUAAUGAUUGAAAUUAAAGAAUUUGAAAAAAUCGAAGCAAAGAGUGAUAAGAGUGUCUUGGAGAAAAUCAAGAGUCUUGUUGAGUUGAAUGAACAAUUGAAGAAGGAAGAAGCUGAGUAUAAGGAACAGUGUCGUGAAGAAUUGGAGAGAUUACAAAAAGAAAUUCAAGAAAUGGAACAGCGAAAUGCUGAGAUAAAUCCUGCUGAAGAAAAAGAACUCAUUGUCAAACAAGAAGAACACCUUCAACUCUUGCGAUUGCAGUUGGCAAAGAAGAAUCGUGGAAUAGUUGCAAUUCAACGUCAACUUGACAACGUUCCAGAUCGAACUGAAUUAGCUCAAUAUCAAAGGAGAUUCUUGGAGCUUUAUAAUCAAGUUAGUGCCAAACAUCGUGAAACCAAGCAAUUCUACACCCUCUACAACACCCUUGACGACACGAAGCUAUAUUUGGAAAAGGAACUAUCAUUAUUGAACUCGAUUUAUGAGAAUUACCAUGAAGGUAUGACAACCCCUCAAUCUCGAGAACAGUUUCUAAAACAAUUCGAAGCAAUUGUCGAUGGUGUCAAACAGACUCACAAUAAGGUUCUUCAAAAGUGCGAUGAUGAAAAGGUCAAACGGGAUGCUUUAAAUAGUCAAUUGAUGCAUCUUGUGGAACAGCAGAGAAAGUAUGCAGCAGCUGUGAAACAACUGACACGUGAGUGUCAACGAUGUGAAGCUCUGAUGAUACACUUGAAGUCGAUUCAAUGAAAUUCCAAUUAAACCUUAGUUUUGGUUUGGCCCAGUUAUAUUUUACAGAUAAGCAUGAUAUAAAGUAAUUUUGUAGAACAAAUAAUAAAUAAAAUAUAUACAAACUCGAAUGUAUUCCAUUAUAUAAGCAUUCGAUACAAGUUAAAUAAAAAAUACGUCUUAACACUUGGAUAGAUUGCAAUUUAAGAAAAAAACAA